AUUCAUACAUUGCGCCCAGCUCAUAAUAAGCCGCCAAUAAUCAGAUUUUCUUCAUGGGAUCAAUCAUUAGUUGUGGGCCAAAAUAGAAGAAUCAUACUAGCCAGGCACCUUUUGCGCAUCAUGUCAACCACCACCGCAACAGCUGUGAAGAAGCCUGAGCUUCAGGGAAUGCGCAAGAAUGGCAAGCAAUGGCAUCCCCAACGGAAAGCAUUUCGACCAGGUUCGGGCCUAACUUCAUACGAGAAACGGGCGAGACUGCGCACGGAAACAGCCGCGACGAAAGCAAGAGAAAAUGAAAUGAAGCAGGAAAAAGAGAGCGAAAGACAGCAACGAGUGCAAUCAAUCAAGGAAAAGCGGGCGGCAAAGGAAGAGAAAGAGCGGUAUGAGAAGAUGGCAGAGAAGAUGCAUAAGAAACGAGUUGAACGGCUGAAGAGAAAGGAAAAGCGGAACAAACUUCUCAAUUCAUGAUCCGCACCUAUGUGUCCUUCUACAGAAAUAUCUACAGCUACGAUCACUUGUCUUUUACGUCCUCGGCAAGGGAGGAUCUUAAACAUGGGCCAGUCAUCUACCGAUAACGACGGAACAUAGGCCAAACCACUAGAAGAUCAGAAUUAUCUUCAAUUAAUCAAUUCAAGAAGCAGCCUGUGGGGACGAAGUCGGUCCGGAAUGGAGUACUAUGUUGCUGGUGUUCAUGUAAGGGGGAGGGACAAUUCAGCGUAUGGGAUACCUGCUGUGUCACCGCCAGAUCGGACGCCACAAGGUAUCACGGAUCUUAAAGUGCAGAAAGAUAAGCUAGCAAUUGGGAGAAGAAUGAUGAUAAGGUCUAGGUAGCUUACAUACAACGGCCAACUCGACAAAAACCACCUGGCAGCAGUAACUCCAUGUGCAAUAAAUAAAAUGCCAUCCAAAUAUAUAUCCCCACC